AAUGACUGAUAACAUACGCAGCUCGAGGUCUGUUCAACAUGAUUGCGGGUCAGACAAAACUUUUCUCAUUUGCUGUCUUGGGAAGCUCAAUAGAAUUGCAUUGUGACCCGUCCAGAGUCUAGAAAACCCUGUUCCCGCUUGCGCCAUCCCGACCUUUUCUGACAAAUCGUCCCGGUCCCACCAUGCAUCUUUGCCUCCAGUUGCUCGCUUGCCCGUCAUCCUCUCUACUUUCAUAAAGCCAUUCCCCCUCCUGCCUCAUCAUCGCAUUUGAUGCCCAAAAUAUCCUAUGUAUAUCAUCCGUCGUCUAUUCGCAUCAUCCACAACACCUGAAGCCAUGUCCGCCGCAAAGACCCGAGCCCAGCAGAUCAUUGACGAGAACGCCGUCGCGGUUUUCUCCAAGUCCUACUGCCCCUACUGCAAAUCGGCCAAGUCGCUGCUCGAUAGCUUCGACGCCAAGUACUAUGCCAUCGAGUUAGACCAGGACAAUGAAGGGUCUGCUAUCCAGGCCGCCCUGGCCGAGAUCACCGGUCAGCGCACCGUCCCCAACAUUUUCAUCGGCAAACAGCACAUUGGCGGCAACAGCGACCUACAGAGUAAGAGUGGCGAGUUGAAGCACCUGCUUGCUACGGCGGGGGCGGUUUGACUAGAUGAGAGGAACAAUGUAAUCAAGGGGAAGCUUUAGGACUAUGAGCUGAGAGACGAAGAUACCAUAGAUGGCGAACAUUACAUCUAAAGAACAAGAUAGCGAGAUACUAGAGUGUGCUUGACCUACCUAAUAUCAACGCGAGAAUAUACCAUUGCGGAACUGAAUACUAUAACUCAAGGAUACUCUGUUAUGCAUUGCGU